GACUGUGCUCAUGAUAUCUGGCUAUGGGUUCAGUCGAGACCCCACCAUUAGGAUCACUGAUAAGCUUUGUCCCAUUUUGAGCGUAAACCUUAACAGACUUCAGUGCACGACUCCUGCGAACAAGGCCGGCUCCUAUAAUGUGACCGUGACAGUGGAGGGAAUGGACGUCAUCCUCGGUGUUUUAUUCACAUACGAUACGGCAGUGACAGCCUCCAUCACACAAAUAAGUCCAGCCAGCACUUUUACAACUGAAAGAACCAAUCUCACAAUUUCAGGAAGCAAUUUCCAGACCUGGGACCCCCAAAGCUCAGUGUCGAUUGACAAAGCAGAGUGCAGCAUAAUGAAAUGGACAGAUUCUGAAAUUAUUUGCUUACUACCAGUCCUCCCACCAGGGCUGCAUAAUAUCCAAGUAAAAGUCAAAAACUGGGGAUUUGCCAGUGCCAGCAGUCAUGUCGUGACCACCAUUGAGUAUGUCCUACAAGUCACCAGCGUACGGCCCCUUAUGGGCUCCCUCUAUGGCGGCACCAAGCUGACUCUCACUGGGUCGGGUUUCAGCACAAAUCCUGAUGACAUCCAAGUUUUAUUAGGACAACGGAGAUGCAAUGUCACCGACGCGACACAAGAUCGACUGGAAUGUGUGGUGCAGGCACCUGGAAAAGUGUACACGGUGACCAACCUGGGCUCAGACAUAGCCAGAAGUGUCGGCUACGCUUGGACUCCAUCAUCUUUGACGGUGUUUGUUGGAGACAAAGUACAAUGGCAGUGGCAGGCUCAGUCCCUCAUUGGUGGCAUUGGCUACCAGGUUUUCAGCGUCGCCAAUCCUGGUGACACCACCUUUAGCGGCCAAGGAUUUAACAGCGAGCCGAGCAGGACUCCAUCAGGAUUUUUUACAUAUGAGUUUAAUGUCCCUGGCGUAUAUUACUACAGUAGUGGCUAUAUAGAUAACGCUCAAACUAUAGCCAUGCAAGGAGUGGUCACAGUUAAUCCCCUACCAGAUGACCAGGAGCAUAUUUUCAUCUCAGUCCUUGAAAUAGAAGCAAGCUACAAGCCAAGUUCCUCUCCUUUUCCAAUGGAUGUCAAUAAUUGCACUGCUGAGCCCCUGGACUGCAGUCUGCCUUCCUUUUCCAAUUCAAGUGAGGAUGCCUUCAAAUUCCAGUUUUCCAGCUGUGAGUCUCCGACAGUAACUGCAAUCAGGCCCUCCAGCGGAACGAUCCAUGAUGUGUUAAAUAUUAAGGGAACGGGAUUCAGCAGCUCCACCUGUGCCAACGAAGUCACUAUUGGAGGUCACCCAUGUGAGGUCAUCAGCAGCACAUCCACAGAAAUCAACUGUUAUGUCAAUCCAGAAGACAUUCUUCCAGUGGGUUUUGCAGAACUUGUGUCCGUGACUGUGAAUAACCGGGGCAAUGCCAUCAGCACAAUCGUCAAUGAGUUUGAUCGUCGAUUCGUUUUGUUACCAACUGUCGAUUCAAUCAGCCCCAGUGCGGGGUCUACCACAGGAAACACAAGGGUGACGAUACUCGGGUCCGGGUUUUCAGGCUCUGUGAGCGUCACUGUGGUCGGCAUGCCCUGCUCCAUUGUGUCAUUCAGUUACACAAGUAUCAUCUGUGAUACGGCGCCCUCUGCUGAAAGUGCAGGGAAUGUUCAGCUAUCAGUGAAUGGCAUCCCCGCUGCCUGUUAUUCAGACUGCAAAUUCCAUUACACAGAUUCCUCCCUUCCUCAGGUAGACAGUGUCUCACCAGACACAGUAGACAGCAGCUCUGCAGUCCUUUCUAUUAAUGGAACAGGCUUUGGGAGCGACCCAGACGAUGUGCUCAUUUUAAUUGGAGACUUCACUUUUCAUCCAAGUCAGGUCACAGAAACAGAAAUCACCUGCCCCAUUGGGCCACUGCCAGCUGGAAGUUACAUUUUAAACGUUGUGGUGAUGAGCAAAGGCCUAGCCGCUGGAAACAUCGCCAUAUUCAGCCUUGCGACUGCUACGCUGUCACCGAAUUCUGGAAGUAUCCUCGGUGGGACAACACUCCUCAUUACUGGGAAUGGGUUUUACCCUAACUACACCACAGUGACUGUAGGGGGCAUCCUCUGUGCCAUCACUAAUAUAACAACAAGUGAAGUGAAAUGUACAACCGCAGCCAACAACCAAGGAAACGCAAAUGUGAAUAUACAAGUCCUGUCAACCGUCUACCCGCCGUUAUACUUCAUGUACUCUAUGGACAGCACUCCGGUAAUCAGCUCAGUGGACCCAUCAACAGGAUCAAGUGGAACGACCAUUUCCAUUUCUGGCUCUGGGUUUGGCACAGUGGCAGAUGACAUUGUUGUGACCAUCGGUGGCACUCCAUGUGCUCUUCUGGAAGUCAAUGACACUGAAGUCCAGUGCACUUUGGGCAGCCAUUCGGGAGGCUCCUUUGUAAUCACACUUCUCCACGUGAUGAAGGGAUAUGCCACGUCAAGCGUUUCCUUCAGCUAUAAACUCGACCUGAAAUCCGUCACCCCAAGUCAAGGAAGCAUUGGAGGCGGAGCCAUUCUGCAGUUGACUGGCGAUGGAUUUGACGAGCAGCUAUCGGCCAUCUUUGUGUGUAACACUUUGUGUGUCGUGGACGCACUCAGAUCGUCCUCCACCACUCUGUACUGUGAGGUACCACUUUCUAAUGGUAAGUCCACUGGAAGUUCUACUUGCUUACAAUGAUUCCCAAUGAAUUUG